AUGGAUCCAGCCAUCCCGCACGACGCCGCGAGUGUCGUGCUCGCUGCGGCCGAAGCCCUCGCGUCGCUCGCAGACGACCGGUGUCCCCACGCACGUGUGCUGUCGCGCGCGCUGUCGCUCGUCUCGCAGCCGUACAGCGCGCCCGUGCCCUCGAGCGCUGCAGCAGCGAUCCAAAAGGCGCUGACUGACGUCGCCGACCUCCUGCAGCGCCAUCGACUCGAUACAAGCGACGAGAAUGACGAGAGCGACGACAACGAAGAUGCGCGUCAUACGGUCGUGUACACGCAGACCGAGUGCGCUGUGCUCGAACGCGGUGUGCGCCUGUUGUGGGCGCACGUGACGACGUACCAACUGCACGCGGCGCUGAUCCACGUGAUGCGCACGAUCGACGCUCUGCCGCGCGCACUGGUGUUCUGGAAACACCUGCGCAAGUGCACUGUUCGGGAGAUCGUCCAGCGCGGACCAAUGCAGUGGCUCCUCACGCGGGCACAGCAGAUUACCGCCGGCGAACGGAUCCGGAGCCUGAGCGAGACGCUGGACGCGCAUUUGAAAAAGAUUGGGGUGCUCAAGAACUUGACGAUGAAGUGCACGAGCGCAGCUAUCGACUGCGAGCAGCUGCAGACGAGGGUGAAGGAAGGCAUGGCGCUGCUGGCGCUUGUCUACAGUACGCACGGGAUCAGUCCGCCACGGAAAGGCCGCGGAGCGGUCAAGUCGCAGGAGCCGCUGGUGCACACGGCUUUUUACGCUGACGCAGAUUGUCGCAUCUUUGACGAAGGUAGUGACGGUAUCACGUCACAUGACGACGUGCUACGCUCGCUGCAACGCGUGGAGAAGAACUUGGCGGUGUUCCGCACUGCACAGACUCAGUUUUCGCGGUGUUUCGAGACGGUGCUCGCGCCUUGUCGUCCACCGUCCAAGAUCCGUCAACGCUGGCUACAAGUCACAACUAUCGCCAUUUGUCUGGCUGCAGGAGGCGCGUGGGUGGUAAAUAAUCAGAAGGAGUUUCGAAGUGGCAUUGCCGCAAUGCGUGCGGCCCUGCGUGACUUUCUGAACGAGCACAUGAUUGAGCCACUUCAAGCUAUCUUUGUAGAGGUGGUACUAAACCAGAAGCCCGAGAUCCAAGAUGCAAUGGCGCUCCUGGACACGAAGCAGAGCUUGCGCCGCAUGCUAGCGGAUUUCGUCAAAGACACGAACCCGAGUAUCACACAGGCUGACAUGGACCGCAUCACGAACGAAAUGGACAUGUCAGUGGUGUCACUACAGUACGAGAAGCAGCUGGCCGGUGCAGUGCGCAAUUUGAUCACGGGCGACAUUGUCCGCAUGCUGCUGAUCCAGGUGCAAUUUAUCAAGAAGGAGCUGAUGGUAGCAAUGGGCGCCAUCGACGAGUUGAUGCACGCAAACCAGUUGAACCUGCAGAUCCUGGCCACGAUUCCCACGUUUCUCGUGUUUGGCGGAUUGUACAAACUGGUCACCUCGGCCUUUCACAUGAUAUAUAAGCGCAUGAGCGACCGACUAUACUACGACUCGAGUGAAAUUGCCAGGUUCUUGCGCAACAACUUGCGUGACAUCGAGCGGCUACUCAAUAAGCAGAAUCGAGGUCUAGGCGCGAGUGAUGACGCCGUAUUGGGCGUCCGUGAUCUCGGCUUUCUCAUUUUACUACUCCACCAGCUUCGCGACCUCUUUGAGGCUUACCGCGCCCUAUUUCAGGAAGAGGAGCACGAGCGUUUCGAAGAGGAUCUGAAUGAUCUCAUUGGAGAAGGCCUGCUGGUCUCGCAGCAGCUAGCUGUCAUUCAGCGCAUGUACCAUUCGCAUCCGUUCCUGUACAGCACCAACCCAAACAAAUCGCGCUGGCUAUUGGAGUAA